CCGGAAGAAAAAGUUAUGAAUGCGUUAAUUUCAAAUGUUUCUUGUUAUUCAUAACUGAUAACAUCGGGGAACAAUGGCACAAAUUGCGAGUAUCCUUAUUAACCUUGUCGUGCUACAUUCACUGCCGCAUUGUGAAACUGCAGCUGGCAUCAACUGGUUCGGUAACAAGAAGCACGACAUUCGGGCAACAUUGUUUGAUCAGACCUACGACACUGAUAUACAGUUUCAAAACAUUAUAAGAACUUUUAAUAGUACAAGUUAUGAAAAAGUUUUAAAAUUUGUGGCACGUGGCUCACAUUUUGAUAUAUAUUUAAGGAAACAGCCAAUAUUUCACAACGAAAUGAAAAUAAUUCACCAAGGUAGCAGUGAUGCUUACGUAGAUAUUCCAGUAUUUUAUGUUGGAUUCAAUUACGAUGUUUCAUUGGCUGUAGUUCAUGGAAGAUUUCAUAAUAAUAACUUCAAGGGUAGACUGAACUGGAAUAGUCUUACAGUUGAAAUUGAUUGUCCAAAUGCCACAGAUAUUGAUAAAAACAAUCAUCUUAAAUAUGUCUAUUCAUGUAAAAUAAAAUUCUACAAAACCAAAGACACUAAUGCAAAUAAUGAUUACAGUUUUUGCAAAGAAACACACAGCAAUAUCAUUGCUAAAGUCUUACCUCAAAAAUGGAAUAACGUUAAAAAGAACACGUAUACACAAUAUCACAGACACAGACGUUCACUUAAGAUGCAAAGAUCAUGCAAAGUACAUUUAAUUGCAGACCAUCUAUAUUUUAAAUAUGUUGGAAAUAUGAAUAUUGGUAGCACGGUUGAAGCAAUGUCGAGUAGUGUUGGCCAAGCAGAUGUUAUUUUUCGCAGCACAGACUUCGAUGGCGAUGGAUAUGGUGAUAAUAUUGGAUUUGUGGUUGGAAAUAUUACUAUUUACAGUGACCCACAUGAGCCUGGUUAUAAAUUACAGGAUGAGAGUUUAGAUGCAGAACCAUAUCUUAAAGCUUUUUCUAAAUAUGAUUUCACAUCCUAUUGUCUUGGUGUGGCUUUCACAUACAGAGAUUUUUCUGGAACUGUUGGAUUAGCUUGGAGGGCAAUAGCAAACCAGAGAAUAACGAGUGGGGGUAUUUGCGAGGAUAGAGAAGAUGGAAUGAGUUACAAUAGCUUGUUAGUCAGCCAACUAAAUGGUGGUGAGUUCUUUCCUGGUUACAAGUCCGCAUUCGCUCUAACGCAUGAAUUUGGUCACAGUUUUGGCUCGGAUCAUGACGGUAUAAAUGAUCCAAACUGUUCUCCAAAAAGUAAAAGAGGGAAAUUCAUCAUGCAUGAAUUUGUAAUUUCUGGAAACGAACCAAAUAACGUGCUAUUUUCCUCAUGCAGUAUUCAAAAUAUGAAUCCUGUCAUUGUAAAGAAAGGGUUUUGUUUAAAAACAGACAGAGGGCCUGUCUGUGGCAAUGCUAUUCGCGAAGAUGGCGAGGAAUGUGACUGUGGAACAUCUGGAACAUGUCGUUACGUUGAUCCUUGUUGUAUACCAAGUGAUAUUAAUAACAGUGUAGACAUACCUUGUACUUUUGGCCACAACAAAACCAAAACAUGUUCACCAAAACAUUCGCCGUGUUGUUCGGAAGACUGUGUACCAAUACGUUCGAGCAAAAGACAGAUAUGUAGACCAAAAACUGAUUGCUCACAUGAAUCUUAUUGUGAUGGGGUCGGUUCAUCAUGUCCUGCUUCUGUUAAUCUUCCUGAUGGAAAACCUUGUAAUGGUGAAAGAAAAAUAUGUGAAUCAGGGAAGUGUUUGACGAGUAUUUGUGAAUGGUUAAAACUGAAUGACUGUCAGUGUGCUAGUAAACUCUUAUUUUGUCACGUUUGCUGUAAGGAGUACAAUGCAAGUGAGGACGAAUGUGCUCCUGUCGGUUCAUUUGCGGUUGCACCUAAAUACUCAACAAAUGUAAGAAUUCAAAUGGGACAUGGAUGUAAUGGUGACAAAGGUUACUGUGAUAAAACACAUGUAUGCAUUAUGGAUCGUCUUGACGAUGUUCUUGACAUAUUUGCAAGCAAUACAUUCCAAGAAGAUAUUGACAGAUGGUUAGAAAAGCAUUGGUUUUAUGUAGUUGGAGGUUUUAUAAUUAUUUUGGUUAUCGUGGUGAUAUUUGUUGUUACUUUCAAAAGACAUCAUGAUAGCCACGUAGAAGCACUGAGAGUAGCAAAGUUAACUAUUGUCCUGGCAGAAACAUUGCGUCAAAAACGGAUAUAUUUGAAAAAACUGGAAAGUUUUCGAAAUAAAAUGGAACGUAAAAUUCAACAAAUAAUGCAUGGAAAAAGAAUAGAUUUAACAGAAGCUGUUGGGCGUCUUUCCUUACUUUUUCCGACAGCACCCAUGCCAUUACUAUCAGAAACUGCAAAAUGUAGUGCAGACGAAGAAGCCGCAGUGCGAAUACUAUUAAUCAGAGGGUUUUGCCUGCAAGGAUUUUGUGUCUCAGUUCUUGAUAAUCCAAAACCCUGUUUUUUACAAACUGAAGCGAAUGAAACACCAUAAUAUUUUUAUUUUAUAUUUUAAAAAAAAUACGAACACAUUUUGGACAAAUAUUUGCAAAAUAUUAUUCAUUAUAAAUAACAUAUUUUGUUAAGGGUUUUAAUAUUUAUUACUGAAUUACCAUUUGUAACAAAAUUAAAAUGUAUUAUUAAGUUUUUUUUACCCAUAUGGGCUUAAAUAUACGGGGUAAUAUUGUUUUCGAUAAUUGCAGUGUGCAGGUUGCUUCUAGAGCCACUGACUGGCUGGCUUAAAAUGACGACAAUUGAUUGGUCGUUCACCAUGGAUGGAACUUCGCUUUCAUUAUUUAAUGUUUUUAUUAAUGUGUCCGAUUACACAUACGUUAUACGAUCUACAAUUAUUUACAGGGGAAAACAAUAUGACAGUUGUUUCGUAAACAUGCGAUGGUAUAUUUCAGGGCCGUACCCUGACCGAAAUCGGGGAAGGGGGGCACUAUUUGUUUUAUAAAUAAUUUGUGACUAAUAAGCAAGGCACUUCGUGUAGCGUCCAAGAAGACUAGUGAAGCCCGGGGGCAUAAAUUUGGAAGGCCUUAAACAUGAUUUCCUGGCAUUUGAAUUACAAAAUUAGUUAUUUUCAAACAAUAAUUUCAACUAGUUUAAUGAUUAUUAAAAACAAAAUCAUCAUCAUUUGACAGGGUAUUAUAACCUGAGGAUGUUUUCUUUUCUUAUUUAGAUGACUUGCAAAGUUGGCCAUUUUCCGUGAUUUUAGUUAUCUUGUAAGAUAUUAUAUGUCACAUCUUCGAGUUGUCACGUCUUGAGUUUGUGGUAUAGGUGUCAUUGAAGCACAUUGUAUUUUCAUUACAGUUCAAUAUUGUACAUGUAUAGGCCUAUAUGUAUUUUGAAAAGUAUUAAUUCUGAGGACAUUAAUUUAAUGGGCUAAUUGUCUCAAGUUAGAUUUUGUUGAGUAGAUGAUGUGUUCUGGACAAGGAAUGUAUGGUGUGUUCUGAUGACAAAGAAGCAUAGCCUGUCCACUAAGUUGAUCCUGGGCCAUACUUGCUCUGGUCCACACUUUCAAGCGCCGUAGUGUUGAAAAGGACCUAUCACGUGCCACACUGCCAACAGGGGUAGUGAGGAAUAUCACCAGAAUUCGGUGAAUUGCUGGGAAAUAAUCUCUGUUGCAGGCUACCAAAGUGGUACAACCAUCCGCUGGUCUGGACUACUCGAGUAUGUUGGAACAGGUGUUUCCACUUCUCUACUUCAACUUGGAAGAUACUCCCCGUUUCAGAAAUUCCGUACAACAUGUAGUCUCUAGAAUAUUACCUGAGCGUGUGACGUACGAAGUACACGGAAUGACACAUAUAAAAAUUAAACUGACCUUUCUAUGCUA